CUUCGGUGCCUAGUUGCAGUGUCGGAGUGUGUGUGGGGGGAUAAAUUCAUCUUAUCCUCACUUCAGGACAGUGUUAUACAGUAGCCUACACUCAUGCGUGGUCUUUGUUAUUUUUUCCUCUCAAUCCUGACCCAAGUGUCUUCUACCUUCAGUCAAGUCAUUGGCCUUUUAGGGCACAAUGUGACUUUGCCCUGUAGCUAUGACUCCCAAGCUUAUGGCGUCCUGAGUUUCUGCUGGGGACGAGGGAAGUUGCCCAGCUCCAAAUGCUCCAACACCGUCCUCUCCUCUGAAGGUGGGGCUGUACAAUUCAGGCAGUCCCCCAGGUACCAGCUGCUGGGCAGGGUGACAGACGGAGAUGUGUCCCUGACCAUCAUGAACGCUCAGUGGGCCGAUGCUGGUGCGUACGGCUGCAGGGUCGAGAUCCCAGGGUGGUUCAAUGACCGUAAGGUCAAUAAACACCUGGUCAUGGAGGAAGCUGCUGUGGAAGAGCCUGUUACUGAGGACUGGACACCUACGACUGAUUGGAUGCAGGAAAUACUGACAACAUCAACACCUGAAACAUGCAUUGGUGACUUUGCUGCAUCGACUGAGGAAGAAUUCAAAGACUUCCUGGAAGUGGAGAACAUUGGCAGGAUGGCAGUUAUUUUCUUCUCCACCAUAAUCAUAAUCCUCGUCCUCGUCUUUAUUUUCUGGAGACGAUGUCUGCCGAAGAAGACACUUCUCGAGACUCAUCUCAACGCCUCAACUGCUGAGAACAUUUAUGAAUUUAUGCAUCCCAGUGCCUGAGUGAUGGUUUGCAUUAUGAGAACAAAGGAGUCUGCAAAUUUCUAUAAGGAACUGCUAGCUGAAUGUGCUGCUGCUCUGCUCGCCAUGUGAUGACGCUGUUUACCUUUUGAACUAUUAUCUAUUAAUCAGUAAGAGAGCAGAAAUAUAACCUAUUUCUCCAGUAAAGCAGCUCACAGUGUCCCACUAUUCUCAGAUAGCAUGAAGAAAGACAUGUGUGAGUCAUACUGAGAGUAAGAUAAGUGGCUGAGAAUAUGCAAAAAUAUCCUGCGGAUUAAUUCAUUUGCUGUUAUUUGUAUGCCUGUCUGUUUUUCAUGGCAAAAUUGGUCUCACAUCUCCAAAACGCUUGUGAAUGGGUUAUACUUGUGGACACAAUGCCACCUACUGGACUUACACACAUUAUUAUUAUCAAGAGAAGAUUCCACCCUGAUGACUCUGGUAGAGGAAGAUAGGACAGAGAGGGAGGACAGUGUGGGGGAAAUCUGUCUAUGUCUAUUCAUACUAUACAUGUUUUGACAAAGUAACAUCUGAAUUGUAUACUUAAAGAUUUUGCCUAUUAAAAGUUUAAUAAAACAACA